AUGGCAUUGACCGAGAAUGGAGUCCGGCGAUCACGCUUCCAAGGGGCCAGUCGUUGGCUGUGGUUCUGUGUCUUUGUGUAUGCAUUGAGCGACAUCGGCUAUGGCUAUGAUACAAGUAUGUUCGGCUCAGUGCAAGCGUUACCGAGCUUCCUUCACUGUUUCGGCGAGAUAGGCGAGAAUGGCAAGAGGAAGUUGGGCACUGGUCGUACCUCCAUAAUGAAUUCGGUCAUUUGGGGCGGGAAACUCGCUGAUUUUAGGAAUGGCCGCAACUGGUACGCCUUCGCGAUAGGACGAACGAUUGCUUACUAUACCACUGGCUUGGUGACUACAUGUGCUCCGACAUAUGGCGCUGAUAUUUCCCCAGCACCUUUACGCUCAAUCUGCAGUGGUGCCAUGACGUUCUUCAUUGCUCUGGGACAGAUCUGGGCAAAUGCGAUGAGCCGCGGGUUUGUUUCAGUGGAAUCUGCUUCAGGAUGGCGUACCAUUUGCGCAAUGCAGUUCAUGCCGGCGGUGGUAGUCAUUGCCCUUGCCCCCUUAACACCCGGUGAGCCCCUUUCGCAUCUCCUGGACAUUUGA